GUCUCAGGAUUGGGGCAGAAAUUGCUAGCUUUCAGGCCAAGUGACCCAUGGCCUGAUUUUAGCUAGACUACUUAGUUAGGAUCAUAAAAAGUCCACAUGAUUAGGAGAAAUAAUAUAAUACACUCUUGAAAAAGACUGAUGGUAAAACCAUUUUUCUGGUGCAGGUUACUAACCCACAAAAGAAUAAAGGAGCUCCCUACAGGUGAAACUAAGUUUUCAUUACUUUUAAAAUUAAGAACUGAAUACAGAAUUGUAUUUAAAAAAAUACUGAAAAGAUGUUUUAUCUCUAAUUUAUGUUCAGAUAAGAAAUGAGAAAGUCAAGAAGGGAGAAAAAAAAAUCAGGAAAAAAAAAGGUGAUGAGUGGCAGAGAGAGAAAAAGACGAUGGAGAAGAAAGAACUAGCAAAAAACAUUUGUAUUGCUCUGUCAUGUCUUGCGCAUUGUCCUUGUUGAUCCUCAGACCUGUCAGAUUGGCAAUCUAGGUCUUACAGCCAAACUACCUAAAGGAAGAAUUGAAUUUUAUUAACUUGGCAAGUUUCUGUGCCAAGUACUGGCAAUAAAAUUAAGCAACUGUCCCUGUCCAGAGUUUCCAUUGUACGUCAAAGAAGUUCAGGGAUUUAUAUGACUAGUAAAUGAAAAAACAAGCUGUAGACCCCAUUUUAUAAACCCCUUUUCCUUUGAUGCUGGUAUUCAGAUAGAUUGAAGCCAUAAUUCUAACAGUUCUGGAGGAGAUUCGGGUCCCAAUAAUUUGCCCUUGAGGAUUCAUAAUAUAUUAUCAUUUCCCUUUAAAGUUAUUUUGUUAUCUAAUUAAACGCUAUUAAGCGUUGUUUCUAUUCUCUCACGUUAGAAACUUCAAGUUCCAUAGCAUCCAAUUUCAUGCCUCUUGUCUGAGAAAACUAAGUAAAGGUAAAUUGAAUUGAAAGUUUUCCACAUGCCUGUUGGAAAGGCAAUCCUCAUUCUAAGACUCAGGAAAACACUGUCAAUACAGUAUAUUUAAAUUUCAACAAAGCAUUUUUCAGAAUCUUAUGGUGUUCUUUUGAAUAUGUUGGAAAUUUGAGCUGAAUCUUGUACUAUUAAUUGGUGUCAUGUAUUUGUCAAGUAUUAAGUGCAAAACAGAACUGGUAAUACCUAUGUUAAAAAAGCAAGGACCCUGACCUCAAGAUGUUUAAGUGUAAAACCAUGCAGUAGGAAAACUUAUAAGAAGUCCUAUGUGCAAAGGGUAGAGGGAACAUGAAAGUUUCAAAGUCUAUUCAAAGGAUCACCAAUAACGAAUUGGGGACUUGAAUUUCGAGAACAUUUGAUUUAAGCAAGCACAUUGAAUUUAUGUAGAACGUGAAGCUGAGAAGAAUACCUAAUGCUUUGAAUGAUAAACUCCACUUAACAAGUAUUUAUUGAGCACCUGUUGUAUGCCAGACACUGUGCUUAGAAUUUAAGUAUUUAAUAGAUUGGUUUAAUGUGCCAAGUUGAACAAGCUAAAAUUCAAUAAAGUCUUAAAAUGAUAGACUGCUGAAUCUAAAAGGGACAAUUGUGACUUAACAUUUUUUAGUCACCUGGAUGUUCACUAUGAAACAGUGCAAUGAUUAAACUGCCAAAAGGAGUUAAUUCGGUGCUGUGCAAUAGAAAUACAGUGUGAGCCACAAAUAUAAAUUUAAGUGUUGUAGUAACCACAUUAUAAGAAGCAAAAAUCAGAUGAAAUUAAUUUUAAUGUAUUGUUUUACCCAGCAUAUCCAAAAUAUUUCAUGUGUAACCAACAUAAAAAAUUAAUGAGAUAUUUUAUAUACUUUUUAAACUAAGUCUUAAAUCUGGUGUGGAUUUUGUACUCUAUAAAGUAUACACGGUUUGAACUAGCUAUAUUUCGAGUACUUAAUAACCCCAUGUGGCUAGUGGCUGCCAUAUUGGACAGCAUAGCUCUAUAUUCUUUAAUCUUUACUUCAUUUCUCAGCAGUGUAUGUUAUGAUGCAAAUGAGAUAACGUUUUUGAAGAAAUUUCAGAAUGGUAUUAAAAUGUUUAAAACUGCCAUGUGAAAGAGGGAUUAGACUCAGAAUGGAGGAAGAAGCAGACAUUGAAGGAAUUCAAUAUAAAACACUACGAACAUUUCAGCAUGGAGUCAGGGUCGAUGGCAUAGCGUGGAGCCCAGAAACUAGACUUGAUUCAUUGCCUCCAGUAAUCAAAUUUUGUACUUCAGCUGCUGAUAUGAAAAUAAGAUUAUUUACUUCAGAUCUUCAAGAUAAAAACGAAUAUAAGGUUUUAGAGGGCCAUUCAGAUUUCAUUAAUGGUUUGGUGUUUGAUCCCAAAGAAGGCCAAGAAAUUGCAAGUGUGAGUGAUGAUCAUACCUGCAGGAUUUGGAACUUGGAAGGAAUGCAGACAGCUCAUUUUGUUCUUCAUUCCCCUGGAAUGAGUGUGUGCUGGCAUCCUGAGGAAACUUUUAAGCUGAUGGUUGCAGAGAAGAAUGGAACAAUCCGGUUUUAUGAUCUUUUGACUCAACAGGCUAUUUUAUCUCUUGAAUCAGAACAGAUGCCAUUAAUGUCAGCCCAUUGGUGCUUAAAAAAUACCUUCAAAGUUGGAGCUGUUGCAGGAAAUGAUUGGUUAAUUUGGGAUAUUACUCGAUCCAGUUAUCCUCAAGAUAAGAGACCUGUCCACAUGGAUCAAGCCUGCUUAUUCAGGUGGUCCACAAUUAAUGAGAACUUGUUUGCAACCACUGGUUAUCCUGGCAAAAUUGCAAGCCAGUUUCAAAUUCAUCAUUUAGGACACCCUCAGCCUGUCCUCAUUGGUUCUGUAGCCGUCGGAUCUGGCCUUUCCUGGCAUAGAACUCUCCCACUGUGUGCAAUUGGAGGAGACCACAAGCUGUUGUUUUGGGUGACUGAAAUGUAAAACAAAUUUUCUGUGUACCUUAGAUCCAUAAACUUUGUAUUUUUAAUACAUAUUUUGGAGAAUUUCUUAUUUUUGUAACAAAUACACUGUAAACUCUAGAAGUGUCCCAAUUGUUGUUUCUGUUAAAUAAAAUAUUAAUGGUUUGAAAAAUCA